GUUUGGGAGAAACUGCACAGACAGAACUCUAAAGUUGGAAUCUCCUGAUUUUUCAGAAGAUGCUGGACUGGAGAUUGCCAAGUGUGCAUUUCACCCUGGCUGUGAUGUUGAUGCUGUGGGGCUCAGGAAAAGUGCUCUCAAUGGAUGUAGCAACAGAGGCCCUUGAUCCUGGAGUCACAGAUGUGCAGUCACCACCCACAAUCAGGGAAGAGAAAUCUGCCACUGAACUGGCAGCAAAACUUUUGCUUCUUGAUGAACUGGUGUCCCUGGAGAAUGAUGUAACUGAGACAAAGAAGAAAAGGAGCUUCUCUGGUUUUGGGUCUCCCCUUGACAGACUCUCAGCUGGUUCUGGAGAUCACAGAGGCAAACAGAGAAAAGUAGUAGAUCAUCCAAAAAGGAGAUUUGGUAUUCCCAUGGAUCGGAUUGGUAGAAACCGACUUUCAAAUUCCAGAGGUUAA